AUUCAUGAGCAAAUUCACACCAGAGAGAAACUGUUCCACUGCUCUAAGUACGGGAAGAGUUUCACUGCAUCUAAAACUUUAAAAUCUCAUCAGAGAAUUCAUACAGGGGAGAGGCCUUACCCCUACUUUGGUUGUGAGAAAUGCUUCAAACAAUCAGGAUUCCAGACUACACAAAACACACAGGACCGCCUUAUAGCUGUGAUCAGUGUGGGAAGAGCUUCAAUCAAUCAGGAAACCUGACUAUACACCAACACAUACACACAGGAGAGAAGCCUUAUAGCUGUGAUCAGUGUGGGAAGAGCUUCAGUCGAUCAGGAGACCUGACUACACACCAACGCAUACACACAGGAGAGAAGCCUUAUAGCUGUGAUCAGUGUGGGAAGAGCUUCAGUCGAUCAGGAGACCUGACUAAACACCAACGCAUACACACAGGAGAGAAGCCUUAUAGCUGUGAUCAGUGUGGGAAGAGCUUCAGUCGAUCAGGAGACCUGACUAAACACCAACGCAUACACACAGGAGAGAAGCCUUAUUGCUGUGAUCAGUGUGGGAAGAGCUUCAAUCAAUCAGGAAACCUGACUAAACACCAACGCAUACACACAGGAGAGAAGCCUCAUAGCUGUGAUCAGUGUGAGAAGAGUUUCAGGACGUCAGAUCACCUGACUAUACACCAAAGCAUACACACAGGAGAGAAGCCUUAUUGCUGUGAUCAGUGUGAGAAGAGCUUCAAUGAAUCAGGAAACCUGACUAAACACCAACGCAUACACACAGGAGAGAAGCCUUAUAGCUGUGAUCAGUGUGGGAAAAGCUUCAAUCAAACAGGAUCCCUGACUAAACACCAACGCAUACACACAGGAGAGAAGCCUUAUAGCUGUGAUCAGUGUGGGAAGAGCUUCAAUGAAUCAGGAAACCUGACUAAACACCAACGCAUACACACAGGAGAGAAGCCUUAUAGCUGUGAUCAUUGUGGGAAGAGCUUCAAUCAGUCAGUAAAGCUGACUACACACCAACGCAUACACACAGGAGAGAAGCCUUAUAGCUGUGAUCAGUGUGGGAAGAGGUUCAAUGAAUCAGGACACCUGACUAAACACCAACGCAUACACACAGGAGAGAAGCCUUAUUGCUGUGAUCAGUGUGGGAAGAGUUUUGCUCUAGAUUUCACCCUGACUACACACCAGCGAAUACACACUGGAGAGAAACCUUAUUCCUGUCUAUGUGGAAAGAUCUUUGCUCAUUCAGGGUCACUGAAAAAACACCAGGAUGCACAAAUAUGUUGUUUUUUAUCUCCCUCCUCUCCGGCACCAGUUUCAGAUCUCUAAAGGAAGUUUCAAUAGAAAACAUUGUAAAGAGUCAUCCAUCUCCCAUUCGCUAACAGUUUACUAAGUCUGAUUACCAAGGUAACCUGUGUAGCAUGAUAGGCAGUUCUGGAUCCAUAUGUAUCAAGCGUCCUGGAGUAGGAGUUCUGUAUCUUAUUUCAUUAACUCCUAUUGUCCAUUAAAUAAUGUAGAAUAAUGUUUCAACAAUUGUAGGUUCAUAUUAAUGUGUGAGGGAAAUGUACAAUUCAAGGCUCUUUCUUCAGACAACAUCUUGUCUCAUACAAUUAUUGAUUCCUGUUGGUGCUGGGUAGAGAUGUGAGGGGGAGACGGCCAUGACCCCUCAGACCUUUUGGCAGAAUAUGUUCAAUAAGUUAAGAUAGGAGACAGUGCCAGUCACAUGCAGGAACCAAACGUCAAUGAUGAAUUAAUUAUGAUUAAUGUAAAUCAUGCAAAUAUAAUUUGUCUGUGUAAACAGUAUAUAAGAGAACUUACGGGACUGCCCCGAAAGAGCUCCAGACCGUCCUCUGGUGUUUUAAGUUUGUUGGAACCUCUCCAGCUUCCUGAUAAUAAAACAUUAUUCAUUUAAGUUUUA